AUGAACCACACUCAAAUUAUUUCAGGUGAAGACUAUGAAUAAAAAUUGGUGUCCACCAUGUCAAGAAUUACAGUUAGAAAAGAGAAACAUACUUUAUUAGAAGGACUUCCAACAGUAUUUUUAUUUUAUAGAGGAUAAAUGAUUGAUAAAUUUUUUGGAUAUGAUUUAAAUGCUUUUCACAAUAUUUUAUAAAAAGCCGUAAACUUGACAUAUUAAUUUUUAUGA